CUAUUGAUGUAACCAAGGUUUAUUUUAAGGUUUUUUGAAUGAUUCACAACGCGGGCCAAUUUGAACAAAAAGAUUGACCCAAUUCAGUUGCCGUAGAGUUUCUUCGUAUCCAAGCAACGAGAUCGACGCUACGGUCAGACGAUACACGUCAUUUUGAUAAAAUUAAGUAUGGAUGACAACCAAACGGUACCCGCUCGUGUUUAUGUGGAGCGAACUCUGGCUUUGAUCAAGCCGGAUGCUAUCGACAAAGCGGAUGAAAUCGAGGAUAUCAUUCUGUGCUCAGGAUUUACUGUUCUGCAGAAACGGAAGAUUCAUUUAACCCCAGAGCAAUGUAGUGACUUCUAUGCGGAACAAUAUGGAAAGCUGUUCUUCCCCAGACUUACUGUGUUCAUGAGCUCUGCACCCGUCACUGCUUACGUUCUUGCACGAGACCAAGCUAUCGCGUACUGGAAAAGCCUGAUUGGACCAAGUAACCCUAUCAAAGCCAAAGAGACACACCCGAAUUGCCUGAGAGCUAAAUAUGGGACUUCUGAUCUGAGGAAUGCCUUGCAUGGGAGUGACAGUUUUUUGGCUGCUGAAAAGGAAAUAAAGUUCAUGUUCCCCAAUUCAGCUGUCAUUGAGCCGAUUCCCACCCGAUAUGCUGCUAAGGAUUACCUGAAUAGAUUUGUGAACUCAACUCUGCUCAAUGGACUGACUGAACUCUGCAAGAGAAAGCCAGCGGACCCCUUUACUUGGCUGGCUGAUUGGCUGAUAGAAAACAAUCCUAACAAACCAAAGGUGAUUCAUGCUACCUGAAGAAGCAGAAUACAUCUUCAUAUCUCUGGGGGUUUCCUUCCCCCUGUAAAUGGAAUAAAGUUUUCCAGAGUUUUUAGUA